AUGCUGGACUUGGAAUAUGCCAGUGGCAAGCGGCCAACUGGUGAGGAACCCAUCAUGGCGAUGGAGCCCUUCCGGCAGCUUUGCCAGGCGCUGCUUUGCUCUCAGCUCUCGGAAGAGGCCAAAGUCGCGGCCUUGCGCCCCGUCGCUCACCACUUCCUGUUCUCCGCUUUUCAGCUUCGAACAUUGUGCUGGCAAACGGCUUCCACUGAAGCUCGUGCACGGCUUUUCGAGCUCUUUCUCCUAAGGGUCUCUGACAUUCAGAACAUCAAGCUGAUCCUGGAUACCUUGGAGCUGGCCCAGCGGCAUCCUUUCAGGCUCAAUCAAUGUUUGACGUUCCCAUUCAUCCAGCCGGAGGGCUACGACUUCGAGCUGAACUUGAAGUACUCCGACCAUCGCUUGGCCACCUUGGCAGUCUUUAAGCUUUGCGAAGCAGAGGGCUGGAGCAUUCUGGAGGAGCCCAGCUUCUCGGACGAGUCACAGGAGGCCGACUUCUGGCGCAGUUCCAGAGAGGCAACAUGUCACUGGACAAGUUGCCUUUGGCAUCACUUUUUGGCCAGGAAAAGUUCUUGA